ACCUGGGCUGUAAAAUAGAAACACGACAGAAGUGAGUCUUCCUUGAAACUCCAUGAAAAAAGCGACCGCCGCUGCUCUGUUCAUCGUUGUGCCCCCAGCACCUAGACCAGCAUUUGCCACGUUCUCCUGUUCACCAGCGGCCCUAGGAGGCAGAUGCAGCAGCCCUUGACCCCCGUCACAUGGGUGGGAGCAUCUGCCGGCUAUGGAGAAGGAUGCGGCCACAUGUCCACAUGAUCCCUCCCGCAUAAAACCAAAGCCCCGUCCAGACACCUGCUCCAGGGCCUCAGUCUCUAUGCAGAACCCGGAGAGUAGAGACCUGCUCCAAUCCCUAGAGGAAGCUGGCUUUGCACGGGGUGAAUCGAGGACUGGAAUUUGAACCAGGAACUUUCUCCUUUUGCUCUUCUUCAUUCCUACUCUUGCCCAGUACCUCCCAGGAGACUGCUUUAUUUAUUUCUAGAAAAACAGUACUGGGGCAGUCAUUGUCACCUCCCCACGUUUGGACAUUUUCUCUCGGCUCCGUUGGGAGCUUAGAGCCCAGGGGUUGACUUAAUUGACACCCUGAGGAGCUGGGCGAGAAGCGGCCAGGGGCCGCGGGCCGAGGACGGAGCCGUAGGGUCCCAGGAUGGUACCAAACAGCACAGCCUCUUCCUUGUGUCUGGACUCGCCCCCGUGCAAGAUCACCGUGAGCGUGGUCCUCACCGUCCUCAUCCUCAUCACCAUCGCCGGCAACGUGGUGGUCUGCCUGGCCGUGGGCCUGACCCGGCGGCUCCGCAGUCUCACCAACUGCUUCAUUGUGUCUCUGGCUGUCACCGAUCUGCUCCUCGGCCUCCUGGUGCUGCCCUUCUCGGCCUUCUACCAGCUCUCCUGCAGGUGGGGCUUUGGCAAGGUCUUCUGCAACAUCUAUACCAGCUUGGAUGUGAUGCUGUGCACGGCCUCCAUCCUCAACCUCUUCAUGAUCAGCCUCGACCGCUACUGCGCUGUCACGGACCCCCUGCGCUACCCCGUGCUGGUCACCCCUGUCCGGGUCGCUGUCUCCCUUGUCUUAAUUUGGGUCAUCUCCAUCACCCUGUCCUUCCUGUCUAUCCAUCUGGGGUGGAACAGCAGGAGUGAGAGCAGCAGUUCCAAUCACACCAUCCCCAAGUGCAAAGUGCAGGUCAACUUGGUGUACGGCUUGGUGGACGGGCUGGUCACCUUCUACCUGCCGCUGCUGGUCAUGUGUGUCACCUACUACCGCAUCUUCAAGAUUGCCCGGGAGCAGGCCAAGAGGAUCCAUCACGUCGGCUCCUGGAAGGCAGCUACCAUUGGGGAGCACAAAGCCACAGUGACACUGGCUGCCGUGAUGGGGGCCUUCAUCAUCUGCUGGUUCCCCUACUUUACCGUGUUUGUUUACCGGGGACUGAUAGGGGACGAUGCCAUCAACGAGGCCAUCGAAGCCGUUGUUCUGUGGCUGGGCUAUGCCAACUCGGCCCUGAACCCUAUCCUGUAUGCCACGCUGAACAGGGACUUCCGCACGGCCUACCAGCAGCUCUUCCGCUGCAGGCCUGCCAGCCACGGGGCCCAGGAGACCACACAGAGGUCUGGCGGCUCUCAGCUGGCCAGGAAUCAAAGCCGAGAAGCCAUGCAGCAGGAAGAGAAGCCCCUGAAGCUCCAGGUGUGGAGUGGGACAGAGGUCACAGCCCCGCGGGGAGCAGCAGACAGGAAGCCAGCGCUGCCCUGCACUGUGUGCUCCGGCAACCUUCUAAUCUGCUGCAAGAGUCUGUGGGGGCUUGGGUUCCUCCAGAGACACAUGCGAGGCCCCUCAGAGGAGCAGCCAGGCGAGCCGCUGUCCGAGGAGCCACUGAGGACACCACCCCAGGAAGCGGUGAGGACUCUGCCCUCCGAGGCUGUCUAGACCCCGCCCAGGACACAGAAGAUACUGCUUCUGGUCACCAAGAUUUGACUCCUGGGGCCAUUAAGGACCCAGAAGCCCCCAAAGCCACCGAAGAUGUGCCCUAGUCUGAGUCUAGGGUCUCCCAGAGCACACAGCGGGGUGCUGGGGUCCUUGGGUCUAGCGCGGAGCAGCCUGGGCUGUGCUCAGCAUUCCCAGCCGAUGCUCAGAACUCUCCUGGGCCUGGGUCCGCUCAAUCCCAUGGGUUCAGAGUUCGCGUGGGUGCUGGCCCUGAGUCAUGAGCAGAGGGGGCUGGACACGGGUGUGCGUGUGUGCUGGUGAGCGCGUGUGUGCUGGUGAGCGCAUGGAUUUGUACACGCAGGGACACGCAGGCCCUCGGAGAUAGGUUUAGCCUCUCACUCCCUCACGGGUUCUGCAAGGUGAAGGAAAGGAAAGGGCGAGGGAAGGGAAAGGAAGGAAGGAAAUUGGCCUUUAAGGAGCACCUGCCGUGUGCCAGGUCAGCAUGAGCUGGCAUAGUCCUUAACGUGGUAAGAAUCACCAACCUACUUUACAGAUGUAGAAACUGAGGCUCAGGGAGACGGGGGCCGCCCCAGGACACUCAGCUAGCACACGUGCCUGGGUUCUGGGAGGCCCUGGAAAAAUAGUUGUUGAGGGAAUGCAGGACCAGGAGCACGGGCCAAAAGCCAGGCCUCGAGCCCACGUCCUUGACAUGACAUUGCACUGCUGCUCAGGGGAGAGAUCAAGGUGUUCGCUUGCCUCAGCCCACCCUUCUCUUAGCGGGGCUCCCACCCAGAGCCCGAGGGUUCCCUUCAUGCUGCAGUACUGCCCCUCUCUGGUGCUUUUCGUCAACAAGAAGUGGCGCGGAGCAGAGCCCACAGCGGGGCGGGUGGGGGUCAGGGGUGCGCCAGAGUCAGGGAGAGGAGGCGUUUGGGGGCGGGGGAAGGGAUUGACCCCACAGCGCCCUCUGCCGGAUGUAUGACCUUGGGGGCAUCAGUAGUGAUCUCUCUGAGCAGCUCUGGACUCCUCCACACAAGGGGCUGAGAUCCCCUUUGCUAUUCACAGGGUCGUUGAGGAGACCCAGGGAGGUGGGGGCGGUGACACCUGGACAAACGCGGGUGUGCAUGGACUCUCCCUGCUAACCACGGGCCCUCCCCAAGCCCACUCCUGCCUUGGUUCCAAAGCCCCCCGUGGGUCCCCCUCCGCGCGCACCCAUGCCUUCGAGGCCGUCCGGCGGCUCACUGUCCUCUCCCCGGCCGUCAGGGCUGCCCGCCCCAUAAGCCUUCUCUUCUCGCUGCGAUUUCUCUCCCUCUGCGGCCUCGUCUGCACCCUCGCAACCGAGGUCACCGGGAGACUAAUCUGCGAGGAAAUUCCUCCCGGGUUUGUGCCUGGAGCCGGGCUUCCUCCGGGGACUUCCUCCCAUGGCUGCACGCCCGAGCCCCCGCCUGGUGUUCGAAGGCACCUCCGUUUGGGCAUGUCUGCAGCCACGCUCUUGACCCUCUCCCUACCCCUGCUCGGCUGCCGGGCUCCCCGUCCGGGACAGAGGUCUGCCGCUGGCUCCGCAGCCCAAGGGUCCGCCCCUCACGGUCAGCUUUCUCGAGAGCAGGCUGCAUACAUAGCCUUCUGCUCCAUUCUCCGCACUGCCAUCCCGCGGUCAGGGCAACCGGACAGCUCGGCCUCCGUCCAGCCCGCCCCCACCCAGCAGCCACCGCGGGCUGUGCAAAAUGCUGCCGUGGCCACGUGGCACACGCAGGCCGCCAUCUUUGUCCUGGCCCACGGGCCCGCGUGCUCAGGCCUGCCCCCGCCCUGCGGCCUCCUCCUGCCACGCUCUCCUCUGUCUCUUCACCCCAGCCCGCCAGGCUUCUCCUUUCUGUUUGCUUAUCCUCCUGCUCCUGGCCGCUACAGGGCCAUGCACAGCGCUGUUUCCAUGACGUGGAGCGCUCUUCCCGCCCCUCUGGCCCUGAGAGCUCAGCUGAACUAUCACUUCUUAGGAAGUCUUCCUUGACCCAGCCCAUUAGGUCAGGCCAACCCCCCCACACACACCACAACCAUCUUCAGAAGCCAUUGCGUGUUUGUAAUUUACAGUCAUCCAUGUGGUUCCCUCACCCUUGUCUGUCACCCCCACUCAGGACACAGGCCCUGCCGAUUUCUGUUGACCUCUCUAUAACUAGCUCCUAGAAGGGUGUUUGGCACAUAGUAAGGGCUUUAAGCAGUUUAUCUGCCCAAACACCUGAAGGCAUGAUUUGCCCCCAGUGACCCUCAGAGGUGCUCAGUCUCUUGGCCGGAUUCCUUCUAAAAGCCCCAGAAUCCCCUCCUCCGAUGUUUUCCAGGGAGUCUGAGGCAGGUGGGUCUCUAAGUCACGGCCAAGUAGCCUCAGUUGGCCAGGGCUCCGACCCUGUGUGCCCACACACCACCUGGCAUGGCAGGGACCUCCUUUGGGUCUGUGUCUGAGCUGCCCCCACUCUUCUGGCCACUCCCUGGAGCCUCUCUGCUGGCUGCAGAAGUGGGGCACAUGCUGUCCAGAGGAGGGGAGCAUCUGCGGUGGGCCCCCAAAUCCAUGUUCUGUGUUACCAUCAUGUUCCAAUAAAGCUAUCAAAACAGAUGCUGCCUUGCGGUUUUAUUUUUUAACUUCCUGGUGAGGAAUACUCCCCAAACUUCAUCAUACGGUGUGUCUUGAUUU